UCGAUCGUUGAAGUGUCGAGUAUUUUGUCAAAGAUGCCUCUAUGUACGAGAAAAGGUUGCGGGAAAGAGUUUGAGGAAGAAGGGAAUGAAGAAGGUAGUUGUGUUUAUCAUCCUGGAGGACCUGUUUUCCACGAAGGACUCAAAUCAUGGUCAUGUUGUAACGAAGUUAACAAGCCCGUCAUGGAAUUCGAAGCUUUCAUGUCUAUCCCUCCAUGUACCAAAGGUAAACACACUACCGAAUCAAUCAUCUCCAAUCCACCCGCUGUCAAACCUCAAACGGACGUUCCUACCAUUGUGAAGAACGGAAAUUCCAAUGGAGUUGGAAUUGAAAUUGAAACUUACACUACUUCAACUUCCAUACCUAUCCCCUCUUCUUCUACCCUCACUACCACCAACUCCUCUUCUACCCUCACCACUACCACCCCAUCUUCUAUACCUGCAAAAGGAAUUGAGAUAGAGACGGAAGAAGAUGAUUUAUCUUUACCUGUUCCAGAAGGAACCAGAUGUAAACGUACUACUUGUGGUGCGAUAUGGGAAGGAGAAGAAAUAUCAAGAGGAAAUGGUAUAAAAUCGAAAUGUAAAUAUCAUCCUCAACCACCUAUCUUUCAUGAAGGUAGUAAAGGUUAUUUAUGUUGUAAACGAAGAGUAUUGGAAUUUGAUGAGUUUAUGAAGAUUCAAGGUUGUACAGAAGGUAAUCAUUUGUUCGUUGGGAGUGAUAAAGGAGAAAAAGAAGAAAGAGUGGAAUGUAGAUUGGAUCAUUAUCAAACUCCUAUGCAAGUACAUGUAUCAGCGUUUGCGAAAGGUGCGGAUAAAAAUAAAUCAAAAGUCACUUUUGAAACUCAACAACUCCACUUAGAUCUUUUCCUUCCGGGAAACAAACGAGUAGUCAAGUCUGUUACUCUUUACGGACCAGUGGAUCCAACAACUAGCACUUUUCGUAUUCUCUCCACAAAGGUCGACAUAAUACUUCAAAAACCCGCUCCGGCUUCUUGGCCUUUGCUAGAACUUCCACCUCCCGGAACUGAAUUACCACCGGGUUACGCACUGACUUUUGGUGUGAGUGGACGUACGGGCACGAUUGGAGGUAAAGAUUUCGUUUUAGCUCCAGAGGAAUUAGCUAGAAGACAAUGAGUCGAGCAAGACGAGUAUGUUUAGUUUUAGUUUGACAAAGGAGUAUGCAUGGCACAAGUACUUUGG